AGUAUGCGCACCCGCCCCGCUUGAGCAGUGCCGUUACCUAAAUGCCGCAUAUAUGUUUCCCGAUUUUCGCCGUACAUUAGCAUCAGUGGCAGUGAAACCUUUUUUUUAUCAAGAAAUAUUGCAACUAGAAAAACCUGCGCACACAGGUACACCUUUUCGAAAACUGACGGGUUGUGCGGAAAUUACUUAACUUCUAAAGUCUUCUGCAGGUGAUCAUGUUUGUGUUGGUAACUAUGACAGUAAGAAAGUCCUUAAGGUGGACUCAAAGGCACUGACAUUAUUGUCUGAGCAAGCUAUGAUAGAUGUUUCUCAUCUGCUCAGGCCUGCACAUCUUAAAUCUCUUUCGAACAUACUUAGCGAUCCAGAAGCAUCUAAUAACGACAAGUUUGUUGCUCUUGAACUUUUGAAAAAUGCCAAUGUGGCUGCUGGAAUGAUUUUACCUGGCUGUCAAGACACAGGCACGGCAAUCUGUAUGGGUAAAAAGGGCCAGUUUGUCUGGACAGAUGGCAACGAUGCAGAAUCCAUUUCACGAGGCAUCUACAACACAUACACCUCUAAAAAUCUUCGGUACUCUCAAGUUGCAGCAUUAGACCUGUUUACGGAGAAAAACACGGGUACUAAUCUACCAGCACAAAUUGAAAUAUAUGCAACUGGUGGCAACGAGUACGACUUUUUGUUUAUUACAAAAGGUGGUGGGUCUGCUAACAAAACCUUCUUGUAUCAGCAAACGAAGGCUCUUCUCAAUGCUAAUAGCCUGUAUUCGUUUGUUAACGAGAAAAUCAAAACGUUAGGAACUGCAGCCUGUCCACCAUACCAUUUAGCUGUUGUUAUUGGCGGGACUUCAGCUGAAUUUACUUUGAAAACUGUAAAACUGGCAUCUUGCAAGUACUUGGACCAUCUACCAUCCACGGGUAAUGAGCACGGUAGAGCUUUCCGUGAUCGUGAAGCUGAAGAAAAAAUAUUGCAACUGACCCGAAAAGUUGGAAUUGGAGCUCAAUUUGGUGGAAAAUACUUCUGUCAUGAUGUACGAGUAAUCCGCCUGCCUAGACAUGGUGCAUCUUGUCCUGUUGGUAUUGGUGUCUCUUGUUCUGCUGAUCGACAGAUUCUAGGCAGAAUAACAGAAGAUGGAGUUUUUCUCGAACAAUUGGAAACUGAUCCAUCUCAAUAUUUACCCGACCCAUCUCUAACUGAACUUCCUACUGAUGUAGUGAUAGUGGAUCUGAAUCGUCCUAUGAAACAGAUUUUAGCUGAACUUUCUAAGUACCCUAUAAGAACUCGUUUAUCACUGACAGGCACAUUAGUUGUUGCUCGUGAUAUUGCACAUGCAAAAAUUAAGGAACGUCUUGACUCUGGUCAACCAAUGCCUGACUAUCUACGCAAUCAUCCAGUGUAUUAUGCUGGUCCAGCAAAGACACCUACAAAUUAUGCCAGUGGAUCGUUUGGACCAACUACAGCUGGUCGGAUGGAUUCUUACGUUGAUCAAUUCCAGCAGGCUGGGGUAGUUUGAUUAUGCUAGCCAAGGGUAACAGGUCAAAAUCUGUAACAAAUGCAUGCAAAAAGCACGGAGGCUUUUAUUUAGGUUCAAUUGGUGGCCCAGCUGCGAUCCUUGCUCAAAAUUGCAUAAAAAAGGUUGAAGUUCUUGAAUAUCCGGAAUUAGAGAACCAUCAUGUCGUCUCCUCAAUGGAACAUCCAAGAAGUGGAAUUCUCAGUCAUUUCUAAUUUCUAUGGUAAAUUUAAUCGACUUAUGACAUUCAUUGAACCUUCAUGGUAUUUGUUCCAGGUUGUUAUCGGCCUCACAGAUGAUGAACGUCAUUUAUGUAUGUCUUAAAUAAAUAUUACUGGUUGGUCAAUGAGCAUAGUUUACUGAUCUCCAGAUUAGUAAUGGAGCAAUUAAUAGGGAGACGACGCAACAAUGAGCCCAUUGCUACCCCAUCUGUUUGUCAAUAAAGUUCAUUAUUGAAUCUACAGAUACUGAAGAAUCAACUGUGCAAAGCACUGAAGAAUACCUUCUUUCCCGCUCAGCUUCGGAUUAUUUUCUCUAGUCAACAACUCAUUCCAUGGUGUAUAUUACCUGAAUAUUGGAUGUAUCAAUAGGUAAUGUGUAUUUUAUGAUGAAACGUUCCUUACAUAAAGUCCUAUGAGAAAGAUGUUAUUUCGUCUGUUGGAUCUAGGAUUGGUUCCGUGUUUCAUGGAUACCUUUCUGGUCUUCUAUAGGGAUUUUCGAAAAGGAAUUACAUUUCUUUAUAUCUUGACGUGUAAUUUAUAUUUCCACACAUAUUAUUUCCGGAUUGACUCAUCUAAUUAUCCAUUGUUAAUCAAUUUUCAUCACAUCUAUUGUUUCAGGAAUGGAGGCAAUUUUACGUGUUGAAGUUGUUGAUUUCCCUGCGUUUAUUGUUGUUGAUGAUAAAGGCAAUGAUUUUUUUAAAGAAUGGCAAGUGGAAUAAAAACAGUGUGAUACUUUUCUUUAUCUUCUGAACAAAACUCUUCAGCCAGUGAUUACUGUAUUUAUUCAUUACUUUCGAAGAAAACACAUUUUAAGACACACCUCUUUUAUCGUUUCAUUUCGUUCAUGGAAAUGAAAUUUUUUAUUCUAAAUAUCUUUUUUUCAUGUGUUGUAAUGUCUUUAUGUCAAACUAUCCAUAAUCUUCUUGUGUGAUUUUGUAAAGUUUAAAGUUAUUCUCUAUUCUAAGUUAUCUUAGAUUUAAUUUAUGUAGUGUCAUUAACAUUAAUUAAAUUCGGUAUGUAGUUGAAUUUGAUAUACUUUUACCCGAAUGUUUAUUUGAAGGUGUUAGUUAUAAAAAACUGAUAGUUAUUGUGUUUGUCAACUUUUG